AUGGACGCCAGCAAGAAAGCCGUUUCGUCGGAAACUGCCUCGUCCGACCUGAUCGACCUGGAGCCAGAAGGUAGUGAGGUUGCUAGUGAAAACAAGGCCUUCCAGGAUGCAUUGUCAGGAAAAGGAAAAGGUCCAGAAUCAGAUGUGACAGACAGACUCCCAGAUCUCCGGAUUGGUGAAGUCGAACCUGAGACCAACCACGUCUCUCCGCCGAAAGUCCUUCCCGCGACGCCGCCUCCACCCGAACCGCCUGCUGCCAGUGAAAAGCCGUACCUCGAUCCUACGCCCAAAACCCCAGCGAUCUCAAGGCACCCGUCGAUGAGGACAUCAGGCGAGGAAUAUGACGAGAAAGACCCGGCUUAUAACCAGGAAUCUCAGGACAAUACUGUGGAAACGCCUUUCCAGAAGCCCAACAAUAAUGACCCUGAUGUGGAAUCCGCGUCAGAAAUCCAAAGUAUCAUAGAUCAAUUCGAUGAUGCCGCGGCGGCUCCCUCAAAGGAGUCAAUCAUGUCUCCUCGGCACGAAAUGGCCGGGCCAAUUCUGGGAUCGGGUGGCAGUUUUCCACCUAGAAGAUCCAGCCUCGAACAUCUACGAUCGAGAGAUAUGGACGCGCUAGCAUCACCGGUUAUACCCCAUCAUGCGGACAAGCCUUUGCCUUCGCCGCCUUCAGGUGUUCUCAAUCAUGAUUCAAGUCCUCUGAGAAGCCCUCCGAUAAGAAGCCCAGCUCAAGUCUCGUCGCCCUCGCUUCCGAUGCAGCCACCACCUCCCGAACCCGAGCCCGAACUGCCAUUUGAUUUUCAUCGAUUCCUGGAGCAGCUCCGGCAUAAAUCCGCCGACCCAGUUGCUAAAUUUCUACGCUCCUUCUUGACCGAGUUUGGGAAGAAGCAAUGGAUGGUCCAUGAACAGGUCAAAAUCAUAGGUGACUUUUUGGCCUUCAUCACCAACAAAAUGGCUCUUUGUGAGGUAUGGCGAGAAGUGUCGGAUAACGAGUUCGAUAAUGCCAAAGAGGGCAUGGAAAAGCUUGUGAUGAACAGACUAUACUCGCAAACGUUUUCUCCGGCAAUCCCGCCGUCUCCUCCGGUCGCGCGAUCACGGUCCAGGGGAAGAAGAAAAGAGCUGGAAAAAUCCCAGGUACCGGGGAGACGUGGUCAACACCAAGAAGAUGUCGAACGCGACGAGAUUCUCGCCCAGAAAAUUCGGAUAUACAGCUGGGUGCGAGAGGAGCAUCUCGAUAUAGCGCCCGUCGGACCGAACGGAGAGAGGUUCCUUCGAUUGGCCCAACAGGAACUCCUCAAGAUCAAGGGGUAUCGAGCGCCUAGAGACAAAGUCAUCUGCGUCUUGAAUUGCUGCAAAGUUAUUUUCGGCCUGCUGAAGAAUGCAAAGAGCUCCGACACUUCGGCGGAUUCCUUCGUGCCCCUCCUAAUUUACGUUGUCCUUCAAGCGAAUCCAGAGAACCUCGUGUCGAAUGUCCAAUACAUUCUCCGAUUCAGGAAUCAGGACAAGCUUGGGGGAGAGGCGGGUUACUACCUGUCCUCCCUGUCGGGGGCAAUUCAAUUUAUCGAAAGCCUAGAUCGGACGACCUUGACCGUUAGUGACGAGGAGUUUGAGCGCAACGUGGAGAAUGCUGUAGCAGCGAUCGCAGAGCAGAAUCGUCAGGCAGAACAAUUCAGCCCACUGGCCUCGAGCAUUGCCGAGAAAUCGUCACUCGCUGAGCCAGAGCUGACGCCACGGAAUUCGAUGGACGUGACGUCCACCAGCCCUAUACGACGAGAUCCCAAUCGGCAGUACAGCACCUCAGGAGACGGAUCCGAAGACAGUGUAGCAGGCCUUUUGCGGACGAUCCAAAAACCCCUCUCCACGAUUGGCCGGAUAUUCUCCGAUCAAGACUCAUCAUCUCAAGAACGCAGGCCGAGCCCAGCGCCUGGAGCGGCUCCGAGACUGAACCCGAACAUGUUCCAGCCGCCACCAGCUCAUGGCGGCGCAGCCCCAACAUAUGACGCCCAGGAAGCUGCAGCGAGACAGGCGAGCGCGGAAGCCGCGGAAGCUCGACGGAUCUCCCGAGCCGAACACAGGACUGUGGUCGAAACACUGUGCGGCAUGUUCCCUAACUUGGACAAGGAGGUGAUCGAUGACGUGGUGCGGCAGAAGGAGGGAAGAGUCGGACUCGCGGUUGAUGCAUGUUUGGCCCUGACAGCUGGGAGUUGA